UUCACCCUCCUAGGCAUCGUCACCAACAUCAUCAACAUCCGGGUAUUUUACCAUCAGGGCGUGACGUCAGACAGCACAACGGUCGCUUUUGUCGCGCUGUCCGUCUCUGAUCUCCUGGGCUGCAUCUUCAUGAUACCGCAGCCGCUUUGCUUCUACUUCGAGGCCCACCUGAAGUCGGACGAUAUUUUCUUCAGAAACUGCUACACGCUUACCUUAAUGCCGUCCACCUACCCUCACCUGAUAUUGCACAAAAUCACCUGCUUCGUCACGGUAUACAUGUCCGUGGAGCGCGCCAUCUGCGUCAUAUUUCCAUUUAAAGUCAGGCGCAUCAUCAAGGUAAAAAGCACGAUUUUCAUCAUGAUAACGAUAUACGUGCUUAUCAUUGUAUCCUAUGCGCCUUACGCGGCCAAUGUGUCCAUCUCGUGGAUGGCGGACCCCGCACGGAACGAAUCACUAAAAGCGGUCAACGUUAUUACGCCUCUUGGAAUAAUCUUCACGACAACCAACAGUCUGUUCCAUUCGUUAAUAUUGACCACAUCCGCCAUGAUCGUUGUUUUCGUAACAACAGUCGCCAUGGUGACACGUCUCAAGGCAUCCAUGAAAUGGCGGGAAAUGGCCUCCACUACUACUGGGUCAAGCGGUCAGAAGUACACAAGAGUGGCCAGGAAUGUGGAGUCUGUGAAGAUCGUCACGGCUAUCACGUCCGUGUACCUCGUCUGUCUGUUG